AUGGCUAAUGCGCCGGCGAACUCGAAUGCCCUCGGUGGCAGUGCCUCUGCUCAACAGCAAUCCCGAUCUACGCGACGUCCGCCGCGAAAAAGCACGUUGACCCAACAGCAAAAAAACCAUAAACGUCAACGUGCCACUCAAGACCAGCUCGUCACGUUGGAGAUGGAAUUCAAUAAGAACCCUACUCCGACCGCUGCGGUACGUGAGAGAAUAGCAGAGGAAAUAAACAUGACAGAACGCUCGGUUCAGAUCUGGUUUCAAAAUCGACGAGCCAAGAUCAAAAUGAUUGCGAAGAGAGGGAUCGAAACGGGCGAAGAUUGCGACUCAGUACCCGAAUCAAUGCGCCAAUACUUGGCUUUACAUUGGGACCCUUCCAAGUCUCGCAGCUUGUUCAACCGAGGGUACGGCGCUGGUGACCCAAUGCUGAAUGCGCCAACCUCGUCCGGUAAAAUCGUGAUUUCUCACAUCUCGUGUCGUUCCCUGAGAAUUGGAACAUGGAGACGUGUUGGUCAAAAUACGAUGGACUUGGUCAUCUUUUAUUCGCCCGAUAAAUCCUGCAUGACCUAUUACAUCAAUAACGAUUCUGCAGGAUACAAGAUCGAGUAUCCAUUUUCACACAUAAAAAACAUCGCUUUAGAACCAACUGAGCCUGGUCCUAACGUUGAUGGUGCGCCGCCGAAAUUUGGUGGGAUUGUCAUCGAACUUAACCGUCCUCCAAACUUCUACAUGGAUUCGUCAAACUCUGGUGGCUUCUAUCAAUGUGGUGACUUCACAGAAGACCAGCAAGCCACCAAAUCACUCGUCCAUCAUCUUGGAGGCGGCCACCCAAAAGUCCUUAGCGUCCAAUUGGCGAAACUGGUAUCGUUGGAAUCGUUCCAGAACCGCCACAUCCAUUUUGGGUUUAACGGUUUCGCGUCGGCUCCCGUGUCUCCGCAUAUCAUCCAUCGUCCAGCCUCGCAACCAAAUCAAUUCGCUCGUCGCCAAUCUGGAAUCUACCAGGAAAAUCAUUUUGGCAUGAGUUUGCAUCCGCCGCGUGGCCACAAGCGCCAGCGCAGUCGAUCUGUGCCUGUUCCAGUUGAUUUCUCGGCGCUCCAGACGCCCAUGCCGCCCUUCCAUGUUCAACGCCUUCGACUCAGUUUCCAACCCAAUCCAAACAUAUUGGCGCCUGUGCCACAGACGCACCUCCCAGUGAAUGGGGUCACAGGCGCGCUACAGGUCGACACCUCUCCUGGCUAUAAUCUUGACUUCCGCAGUUACCCCAUGUCUGCCACGACGGGUUCGCCGUCGGAAUUUGCUAGCCCGUCUCUUUUUGCGACCACUUCCCCCCCCGGAGCAACCACAACCGGCUCACUUGGCUCUCCAGCUGACAUGUUCCCUGUUUCAAACGAUCCAGCAACCUCCUUACCUGACGAUGGCCUACUUCUGAGCGAGAUGUACUCUAAACAAAACCUCAACAUCUCGAUGCCCUCUCCCCCAAUGGAUGAUACGACCUUCGCUAUGACAUUGCAAGGACUCCACGAUCAAGGCACUCCCGAUAAUGGCGUUGACUUUCAAGGGAUGCUCGCCUUUGAAACCGUCGACCCUAUGUCACUCGGUGCUGAGUCUUGA